AUGUCGGAUAAUAGAAGGGGCAGGAAACGGAGAGGAAGGAAGCUGGACAAAGAGGAAGAGGUAGCUGGGAUAGAGAGGAAGCUGGACCAAGAAGGAGAGGUAACUGGGAGAGAGAGGAAGCUGGACAAAGAGGCACAGGAAACUUGGAGGGGGAGGAAGCUGGACCAAGAGGAAGAGGUAGCUGGGAGGAAGAGGAAGCUGGACCAAGUGGAAGAGGUAGCUAGGAGGGAGAGGAAGUUGGACCAAGUGGAAGAGGUAGCUAGGAGGGAGAGGAAGCUGGACCAAGUGGAUGAGGCAGCUAGGAGGGAGAGGAAGUUGGACCAAGUGGAAGAGGAGGAAGUUGGACCAAGAGGAAGAGGUAGCUGGGAGAGGAAGCUGGGCCAAGAGGGAGCAGUAACUGGAAAGGAGAGGUAA